CAAAGUUGGCCUGAGGGUGAGGGAGGCCCAGAAUAUUCUACCCUACCACUAAAGUAACAGCAUCAUUUCUCCAUUUCGUGCUUUGUUUCCCAAUCACACACACGCCUGGGCUGGUUACUCCGUACUCACUGCAAAAUCAUCGAUCAAAACUUUGUCCAGAACGAAUCUGAAGAUGGAAACCCUAGGAAAAGCAAUAUACACCGUUGGUUUCUGGAUUCGCGAGACCGGCCAGGCCCUCGAUCGCGUCGGCUGCCGACUCCAAGGCAACUACUUAUUCCAAGAGCAACUUUCUAGGCAUAGGACUCUGAUGAACAUAUUUGAUAAAGCUCCUGUGAUCGACAAGGAUGCAUUUGUAGCCCCUAGUGCUUCUGUCAUCGGCAAUGUUCAGGUGGGAAGAGGAUCAUCUAUUUGGUAUGGAUGUGUUUUAAGGGGGGAUGUCAACAGCAUUAGUGUUGGAUCUGGAACUAAUAUACAAGACAACUCCCUUGUGCAUGUGGCAAAGUCUAAUCUAAGUGGGAAAGUGCUACCAACUAUCAUUGGGGAUAAUGUUACUGUUGGUCAUAGUGCUGUUUUACAUGGCUGUACUGUUGAGGAUGAAGCAUUUGUCGGCAUGGGAGCAACCCUUCUUGAUGAUGUAGUUGUGGAGAAACAUGCUAUGGUUGCUGCAGGAGCCCUUGUGAGACAAAAUACGAGGAUCCCUGCCGGGGAGGUGUGGGGAGGCAAUCCAGCAAAGUUCCUGAGGAAGCUAACUGAUGAAGAGAUAGUGUUUAUUUCUCAGUCAGCCACCAAUUAUACCAACCUUGCUCAGGUUCAUGCAGCUGAGAAUGCAAAGCCCUUUGAUGAAAUUGAAUUUGAGAAAGUUCUCCGCAAGAAGUUUGCUCGUAGGGAUGAAGAGUAUGACUCAAUGCUGGGCAUCGUACGGGAAACUCCCCCUGAACUAAUUCUUCCAGACAAUAUCCUACCAGAUAAAGAACAGAAGUCUUCUCAAAAAUGAUCUUUUUCACAAGUUAAUAUUUGUUUGCUUCAAGCCUUUAGAUUUGGCAUUGAGGAAUAUUUGUUGUUAUGUGCAACUACAUGGCAGAGGGAUGAUUUUCUUUCCCAAUAAGACCGGACAUGUUUUAUAUAGAGCCAUGGCUCCUUUUUAGUUAUAAGCUCUACUCUUUGUAUGGUUACUCAGAGACUCAUUUCAUGACCGGAGGAAUGUAUUUUGAUA